GUGGAGGAGGAGGCGGGGCGGCAGCUGGGGGAGGUGGAGCUGCAGUGCGGCAUCUGCACCAAGUGGUUCACGGCGGACACCUUCGGCAUCGACACCACGUCAUGUCUGCCCUUCAUGACCAACUACAGCUUCCACUGCAACGUUUGCCACCACAGUGGGAACACCUAUUUCUUAAGAAAACAAGCCAAUCUCAAGGAGAUGUGCCUUAGUGCUCUGGCCAACUUAACCUGGCAGUCAAGGACACAGGACGAGCACCCAAAAACCCUGUUCUCAAAAGAUAAGGACAUCAUCCCAUUCAUUGAUAAAUACUGGGAGUGCAUGACAACAAGGCAGAGACCUGGGAAAAUGACCUGGCCAAACAAUAUUGUCAAAACCAUGUGUAAAGAAAGAGAUGUGUUCUUGGUGAAAGAGCAUCCAGACCCAGGGAGCAAAGACCCAGAAGAAGAUUACCCCAAAUUUGGACUUGUAGACCAAGACCUGGCCAACAUUGGCCCUGCCUAUGACAACCAGAAGCAGAGCAGCGCCGUGUCCACCAGCGGGAGCCUGAACGGGGGAGUCGCCGCGGGAGGCAGCGGGAAGGGGCGGGGAGCCAAGCGCAAGCAGCAGGACGGAGGCACCACGGGAACGGCCAAGAAGACCAGGAGCGACCCCUUGUUUUCGGCUCAGCGCCUGCCCCCCCACGGGUACCCUCUGGAGCACCCCUUCAACAAGGACGGGUACCGCUACAUCCUGGCCGAGCCCGACCCCCACGCGCCCGACCCCGAGAAGCUGGAGCUGGACUGCUGGGCAGGAAAGCCCAUCCCUGGGGACCUCUACCGAGCCUGCCUCUACGAGAGGGUCCUGCUGGCGCUGCACGACCGAGCUCCCCAGCUGAAGGUCUCUGACGACAGGCUGACUGUUGUGGGGGAGAAGGGCUACUCCAUGGUGCGUGCCUCCCACGGCGUGCGCAAGGGCGCCUGGUACUUCGAGAUAGCCAUGGACGAGAUGCCCCCGGACACGGCGGCCCGGCUGGGCUGGUCACAGCCCCUGGGGAACCUCCAGGCGCCGCUGGGCUACGACAAGUUCAGUUACUCCUGGCGCAGCAAAAAGGGAACAAAGUUCCACCAGUCAAUAGGGAAACACUACUCGUCUGGCUACGGGCAGGGCGAUGUCCUGGGCUUCUACAUCAGCCUCCCAGAAGACACUGAGACUGCCAAAUCGCUGCCUGACACCUACAAAGAUAAGGCUUUGAUCAAAUUCAAAAGCUACUUGUACUUUGAAGAGAAGGACUUCGUCGACAAGGCAGAGAAGAGCCUGAAGCAGGCACCUGGGAGCCAGAUAAUAUUCUUCAAGAAUGGUGCCAGCCAAGGAGUUGCCUUUACAGACAUCUUUGAAGGAGUUUAUUUUCCUGCCAUUUCAUUGUACAAAGGCUGCACGGUUUCUAUAAACUUUGGGCCAUAUUUCAAGUACCCACCUAGAGACAUCACGUACCGUCCGAUGAGUGACAUGGGCUGGGGC